AUGGCUGGAAAGAAAAGCACUUCCGAAAAAAAGUCUACGAAGAAGGCGGUCAAGGAGGUUCCCACACCCGCCUGGAUCUUCUCACAGGACGCCAAAGUAAGGAAAGGCGACGACGCUGACCGUCAGCGUGUCGUCCAAUACCUCCGCGAUGACCUCAAUGUUGCCAAGGCUGCACCCCCAGCUAAGCUGUUGGAUAUUGUCUCCGCCUUUCUGAUUGAAUACGGCUUCGACUCCACCCAUCGCCUGUUCGCCGCCGAGCGGUCUGCCCGCGCCGAAUUGAAGGGCUGGACCGAAGAGGACUCCAAGCAGGUUGAGCAAGCACCCAAGUUGCUGGACAUCUUCAAUGCUUCUUCUAGCAGCGAGAGCUCUUCCGCCUCUUCCAGUUCCUCGUCGAAGGAAACCUCUGAAUCCUCGAGCGAAUCUUCUAGCGAGUCCGAGGCAGAGCCCAAGAAGGAGAAGAAAGACAAGAAGGAGAAGAAAUCGAAGAAGGCGGCCUCUUCCAGCUCUUCUUCUGAGUCUGAGUCAUCUUCCGAAUCCGAGUCUUCCUCCGAGUCUUCCGAGUCCGAAUCCGACUCAUCUGACUCUGAAUCUGAAGAGAGCGAUUCCUCCGACUCCGACUCUUCAUCUUCCUCCAGCGAGGACUCUAGCAGCAGCAGCGGAAGCGAAAGCGGGAGCGACAGUGACAGCGAGUCCGAAGAAUCUGACGACUCUUCUUCAUCCUCUUCUGAUUCCGACUCUGACUCUGACUCCUCAUCUUCCGACGAGGAUGACACCAAGAAGACCCCCUCCAAGCCCUCCAAGCCCGCUCCCAAGCCCAAGCAGACCAGCUCAUCGUCGGACUCUGACUCGAGCGCCACCGUCAAGGACGAGAACACCACUUCCUCGUCCGCUGCCUCAACCACCAACACGAGCAGCAGCGCCGAGGCAGGUAACAAGCGCAAGCGGUCCGACUCUCCCGUCUCCUCUGGCGCGGUGACCCCCAAUGCAGCCAAGGUUGCCAGGAAACAGAACGUGCCCUUCUCGCGAAUCCCCAAGGACGUCGAGGUCCACCCUGAGCUUUCCUCGAACGCGUUCAUUCCUUACGACUACGCCCAGAGGGCACACGAGGACUUGAUCAUCACCCGCGGCAGAGGUUUCACUAAGGAGAAGAACAAGAAGAAGCGGGGAAGCUACCGUGGCGGCAUCAUCGACACCAGCGGUGGCAAGAGCUUCAAGUUCGAGGAUUAA